UCUCUGUAUCGGGAGGCGCCGCUAAAGCCAAACCGAGCCUGUCUGUAGUUUAUGCCGCGGUGGGAUCUGGGUAAAGAUGUCUGUUCGGGAGUCGUUUAACCCGGAGAGCCACGAGCUGGAUAAGAACUUCAGACUAACGCGCUUCACUGAGUUAAAAGGCACGGGCUGCAAGGUGCCUCAGGACGUCCUACAGAAACUUCUGGAGUCUCUACAGGAAAAUCACUACCAAGAGGAUGAACAGUUUCUGGGGGCAGUUAUGCCCAGACUGGGCAUUGGUAUGGACACCUGUGUGAUUCCCCUGAGGCAUGGGGGCCUUUCACUAGUACAAACCACAGACUACAUCUACCCCAUAGUGGAUGAUCCCUAUAUGAUGGGGCGGAUAGCGUGUGCGAACGUACUCAGUGACCUGUAUGCUAUGGGAGUCACAGAGUGUGACAACAUGCUCAUGCUGCUGGGUGUCAGUAACAAACUCUCAGACAAGGAGCGGGACAAGGUGAUGCCGUUGAUAAUUCAGGGUUUUAAGGAUGCAUCUGAAGAGGCGGGAACAUCGGUGACGGGCGGACAGACUGUCCUAAACCCGUGGAUCGUACUGGGAGGUGUGGCCACCACAGUCUGCCAACCAAAUGAGUUCAUAAUGCCAGAUAACGCUGUCCCCGGUGAUGUGCUGGUUUUGACGAAGCCCCUGGGCACUCAGGUGGCUGUGGCUGUUCAUCAGUGGCUCGACAUACCGGAGAAGUGGAAUAAGAUUAAACUGGUGGUGACACAGGAGGAUGUGGAGCUGGCGUACCAGGAGGCCAUGAUGAACAUGGCUAGACUCAACAGAACAGCUGCGGGGUUGAUGCACACCUUUAACGCCCAUGCUGCCACAGACAUCACUGGUUUCGGGAUCCUGGGCCACGCCCAGACGUUAGCGCGGCAGCAGAGGAGUGAAGUCUCCUUUGUCAUACACAACCUCCCUGUGCUCGCCAAGAUGGCCGCCGUCAGCAAAGCCUGCGGAAACAUGUUCGGCCUCAUGCACGGCACCUGCCCCGAGACCUCAGGGGGUCUGUUGAUCUGUCUGCCUCGUGAGCAGGCAGCUCGGUUCUGUGCCGAGAUCAAAUCGCCCAAAUACGGCGAGGGUCACCAGGCCUGGAUCAUCGGCAUCGUGGAGAAAGGGAACCGCACGGCCCGCAUCAUCGAUAAACCUCGCAUCAUCGAAGUCGCUCCGCAGGUCGCCACGCAGAACGUCAACACUACGCCUGGAACCACCUCUUAAUCCUACAGUAGAACCUAUCUAGAACCGGCUUCAUCUAGAACCACCUCAGACAAACAAACACAUACGUAAAUAAAUCAAUCUAUAUUUAGAGAGAGAAGAAUGAUACACACAUCGCACAUGCUUAGGUUCAUAUGUCUGUUCUCUGCCUGCCGUGGCCUUAGGGCGGAUGGGAAAUGGACUUAUUGCUUAAAGCUGUAAAAGGAGAGAAGUGGAUGAUGCAUCCGUUGCCUUUCUGUCUCUGUGUUGUGUCGGAGACACUGACGGAGGAGGCAGCUUGCUUAAGGACUGUGGGAUGGUGUGAUAAUGUUUGAUUCAUUUUGAAUCUCUACUCCUCCACCAUGUCUUAGCACCCUGUUUGUUUUCUGUCUUUUUGCUCUGUGUAUAAAGUGUAGCCGUAGAACCAGCUGGGUAACGAUGCCUUGAAUGACAGAUUUAAAACAUGACCGUGAAAAGGAAGGAAGAAUGAAGAGACAAAGUUUAAAUGAUUUUUUUUUUCUUUUUCACUUUCUCUUUUGUAUUCCCUUUGUCCAAAACUACGUGAAUAAACUGGCCCCGCCCCCCUUUUUGUUAGCUAUGUUUAGAUGGACAGACUGUGAAUGAAUACCUCACUCAGUGAUUGGCCAGGGCUGUGGAGUGGGCUGGACCUCUGGAAGGACAGACAGCCAAUCUGCAGUAACACAGAGAAUGUACUCAACAACUGAUAUGCAGUUUAUUCAUAUAUGUGCGUGUGUAUGUGUCAUAUUCACUGUUACAGAGGAAUUCUCUCACACGGCAUUCAGUCAGAGGAGUUCUCUCACUCGGCGUUCAGUCAGAGGAGUUCUCUGACACGGCGUUCAGUCAGAGGAGUUCUCUGACACGGCGUUCAGUCAGAGGAGUUCUCUGACACGGCGUUCAGUCAGAGGAGUUCUCUCACUCAGCGUUCAGUCAGAGGAGUUCUCUGACACGGCGUUCAGUCAGAGGAGUUCUCUGACACGGCGUUCAGUCAGAGGAGUUCUCUCACUCAGCGUUCAGUCAGAGGAGUUCUCUCACUCAGCGUUCAGUCAGAGGAGUUCUCUGACACGGCGUUCAGUCAGAGGAGUUCUCUGACACGGCGUUCAGUCAGAGGAGUUCUCUCACUCGGCGUUCAGUCAGAGGAGUUCUCUGACACGGCGUUCGGUCAGAUGAGAAAAGACCCAUCCUGUUCUGUGGUAGACUUGACUUUUAUAUAAUGUGUAUAGAGUUUCUUUCUCACCCCCCCCUCUCUCUCUCUCUCUUUUCUUUCUCAUUCGUCUCACUA